GUUAUAACUGUUGUCCCUCCUCCUCUAUCCUUAUAUUCAAUAAGCCUGUCCUCCCUCUGUUCUAUCUGUCCCUCCGUUCUGAGUCGUCAUGUUGUCCAUAGUGGUGGAACACAUCUUUCUCUUGGUCAUCGUCACUCUCAUUAGCGUCCUACAGAAUGCUUUCUUUGCAACAAAGGUAGAGAGGGAGGGUAAAGAGCACAACAACAAAACUGCUUUUGAGAGAGUGUCGUGCGCCAAUCGUAACUGUAUGGAUUCCUACCCUACCUUCCUAGCAGUGAUGUGGUGUGCUGGGCUCUGCCUUAACCAAGCUCCUGCUGCCUUCGCAGGGAUCAUCUACCUGGUGGCCAGGCAGAAGUACUUUGUCGGGUACAUGGGUCAGACAUGUCAGAGCACUCCAGGGUUCCUGUUUGGGAAACGCGUCCUGGCCUUCCUCAUCCUGAUGUGCAUUGUGGGUAUCUUCAACUUCCUGCUGGUGCGUUACCUCGGCAACGACUAUAAAGACACCAUGGAAACGAUCACCAACGCAGCCUCUGCUCUACUCCUUAUUCCCUGAACUACGGCAGUGACUAUAAAGUCUGUUUUGUGUCUGUGUUGAGGUACUACUGAAAGUGACUAUAAAGUCUGUGUUUUGUGUCUUUGCACAGUGCAAGGGUAGCAAGUGUGGUGACGUGAUGGGUGAUUCAAUGUGGUGCAAUUAUCCACUUCUGUGCUCAAUCAUUUAAUGUUUUAUAUUCUUUAUUUUUUUUAUAGUUUUGUCUGGGAAAUAAAAACAUAAAAGCUA